AUUGUAAGGCAAUUUGAUUAGUGAAGGGAGUAUUUAUUUAGAUUAGAGGUUUGGCUUGGCUUGGCUUGGCUUUUGAGCCGCGCGUAGUCCAAGUGUGUGGUUGUGAAAAUGGCACGUGAGAGGAUAAGAAAGCCUAUCCGAUCCCGUCGUCCAUGACAGACCGACCACACAUAUAUACUACGAGUAAAGUAAUUGCUUUGCUUUGCUUUGCUUCGAGCAUAAAUAAAUUAAGAUCGAGUGACUACAUUGAGUCGCUAAGGCGCAGUUAGAAUGGCCGGUGUGACCCCAAUGGGCGUUUCCAUUACCAGCGGUAGCCGCGGGCGCAUGAUGAGCGGUGAGAGGGAGGGCCGCGGCGGCGCAACAUUAGCAGUGAGGAUGGGCGGAAAGAGGGCGCGAAAGGUGGUGGUAGCAAAGGCGGGGCUGAGGGAAGUGGUUGGCGGGGCGGCGGUGAUAGCGGGUGCGGCGGCGGGGGUAUUGAUGGGGGGGAGCGGUGCGGCGGAGGCGGCGCAGGUGAUACUGGGGGGAGAAGGCGGGGAGCUGGCGUUCAUCCCCGGGGAGCUGAGAGUGGGUGCGGGAGAGACGAUCGAGUUCAAGAACGGGAAGGCGUUCCCGCACAACGUGGUGUUCGAUGAGGAGGAGGUUCCGAGCGGGGUGGAUGCUUCCAAGAUCUCGAUGAGCGAGGAGGAUCUGCUGAAUGGGCCCGGGGAUACGUACAAGGUCACCUUGACGGAGAAGGGCACUUAUUCCUACUACUGUUCGCCUCAUCAGGGAGCCGGAAUGGUUGGCAAGAUCAUCGUUGAAUGAAUUGAAUUUCAAUCCGCCAUAUAUGGUUCCAUCUUUUUCCUUGCCUUCUUCUAAAUUACUAGUAAUAUAAUGAUGUCUCUAGCUAGAUUGAAACAAUGGCCGGAUUAUUAAAUUUAAUACUCCCUCCGUCCCAAUUUGAUUUGCAAAAUUUCCUUUUUUGAUUGUCCCAAAAUGAUUUUCCACUUUCUAUUUUAGGUAUGUGAAUAAGAAUAAAUCGACAAAUUUAC